AUGCUCCUUUUCGCCGUUAUUUUGGCUCUUCUGCUUCCGCCGGCUACUGGUCAUCGGGAUAUACCCAAGGUUUCAGGAAGUUAAAAAAACUACAAUAAAUAUUAUUUUUUUUUGUCGCAACAUCUGAAAAAGGAGUGAGGAAUUUUAUUUGUGGUCAUGAAAAUAUACCUACUUAGGAAAGCCAGAGUGGUCUCUAUAGGGGCAACCUUAACGUUUUCUUGAAAAUUCUCCUCUAGGGGCCAUUUUACCUCCCCCCCCCAAACCACUAUAGGGACCACUAUGGCGCUCCUAAGGGAGCGGCCCAUUUUUAAAGAUCUUCAGUUUUAUUGAUUUUUUAAACUCGAAAAAAAAAAGAUUGAAGUUCCGUGGAAACAAGGUCAUUUGGUCACUUAAAAGAAGAAGCUUCACUAGAGUGAUCCCUUAAACAGGACCGACCAAAAAAACUUGUCUUUCGCAAGUUGUGCAAAAAAAUUAUUCAAAAAAAGCCAAUAAGCUCCCCAAGUGUGCUCCACGGAUAAAUUUUGAAAAAAAAGCUUUUGGGUCAUCUCUAAACUGUUAAAAAAAUUUUUUUAGUUUUUUUAUUUUUUUCACUUCGAAAUUUCAUUCCAUAUGCGCUUAUUUUUUUAAAUCCCUAAACUUCCGAAAUUUCAUUACUACCUUUGAGGUUAAAUAACUCAUUUUAUUACUGUAGAAUUAUCCUCCCUCGGCUCAAAACCAUGUUUAUCAAAAUCUCCUCGAUUUAUGUACUUCUGUGGCAGAAAUUUGAGAAUUCAUGUAACAUGCAAGAUUUUAUUUUCAUUUUAUUUAUCCAAUAAAAGAUGAAGAAGAUCCUCGGAGUUCAGGACUUGCUGAAAAAGUUCGUGAGAGCCGGAUCUUUCCGCGAUUUUCUGGCCGACGUCCACGUGAUCUACCACCCCGAACACACCAAUCGCCAUAUUUCCAAAAACUUGGCUCCGACGGCUCGUGAGUCAUGAAAAAAUAAGAAAAAAAAUUUUGAAGCAUAACUGGGAAAUACUUGAGUGGCUUUGAGAUAUUUAAUGUCUGUUGGAACAAAAAUUUGGUGUUGCUUUUUUGAGCUCAUAUUUUUAUCACAGAAACUACAAAAUUCUCUGAAACUUUUUGUUUGAGCUCUGACAGGCUCCGCCCCUUUCUACGGUCACUGUGACCAAUAAAUUUAUCGAAAAAAAUUGCAGUUUAAAUAAAAAUUCCAAAUUGAUUACUGAAUUGGGACUACGGAGGAAAGUCAGGUUGUUUUCGGGCUACGGUAAUCGUAAAAAGGGGCGGAGCUUGUAAAAAAAUCCUAACGAAACGGUUUAGAAACUCUUUAAUCGUUGUGAUUCAAAUAUGAGCUCAAAAAAAGGCAUAAUUUUAUACAAGUAAGAAUCUCGGAAAUAUGAACUUCAUUUUUUUACUUCAAUUUACUGUUUCCCCAAUAACUUGAAAGAGAAAGCAAAAAGAAUUUAGUAGUUCCCAGUAUUUUUCACGGCACGUUUCAAGAACAUUACUCUGGAAAGUGAAUUGAUGUAAUAAUAAUAAUAGUUUAUAUUAUUCUCAAAUUUUUAAUUAAUUUUUGCAGAAUGAAAUACAAUUUUAAGUCUAUAUAUCGCUUAAAAAGUUGGCUUUUGGUAAAAUUUGACUUGCCUUGGAUCAAAAAAAUGUCCAUUUUUUUGACCUUUUUUUGCACGCCGCGGCAUGAUGCAAAAAUUUUGACCAAAAUAUUGAUACCAGAAUUUUUUUUUUGUAUUCUCAUAACCUUUCUAGAAAUACAUGCUUUCUUCUGCUUCUGCUUCUCUUUUUCUUUUUCUUUUUUUUUUUAAAUCAGUUAAAUUAAGUUUUGCCGAGCUUUAAAAUCUCUGAAGAAUUGUUUUUUUUUCUAAUAGUAGUGACAUUGUCUGUACUAUUACAUCACUUUACUUUUUUUCUCUGGCCUGUUUUUUUAAAAAAAUGGAAUCAGAGAAAUAGUUUUUUUGUUUUACGUAUAUGAGUUUACAUAUUCAGUUAAAACUAAAUAUCUCAUCAUAGAAAAUUUAAAUUACUUUUUUUGAAUAAAUAUUGCUUCAUAGCGAAUUUAUUGCCUCGAAAUUCCUUUGCUAUCUCUGUGAUCACUUCAAAGGAUAUGAUUUUCAGAACCAAUCCGUCUGAAACAGGGAAGUUUCGGAGGCGGCAGUUUUCCUCAAGCCGACACAGCCAGCGAACAAAUUGAUGGUGAGUAUGAAUUUUACUGAAAUCCAUGCUAUUUGUUAAUUAAAAGGCUCUGAUAAUGACGAAAAAUUGUAUAGAAAAAUCAUUUUUUUCUUAUUCGAUUUUUUUCUACCAUUUCUAAGAUUUUUCAAAGCCUGGAAAAAGGAUCAAAAUGAACUAAAAAAACCAAAAGGAAUGAAAAAGUAAAAAAAUUUUUCCAGUCACUUUUAAAUGUCUAAAAAAGACUUUGUCUACACUAAAAGCUGAAAAAAAUCCUCUCCAAAAAUACAAUUUUUCGAAGAAAUUAUUACUCGCUUCAAUUUUUUUAUUAUCCUCAAAUCAGAUUAUAAAAUAUUAUUACUGGGAGAAUUUUUUUAGUGGCCACUAUAGGGCUUUGACGUUUUAGUGGCCACUAUAGAGGUCUAAGUGCUACUACUAGACCACUAAAAAUUUUAGUGGCCACUUCAGAAGUCAAUGGACCAACAUAACUGGUCCAAUCUUUUUUUAAAUUAUCAGAGUUACUGGAAGGAAUACUGGAUGAAAAACUACUAAAGUGGCCACUAAAUAAUGAGCCUCUAUAGUGGCCACUAAAACGAAAAACAGUGGCUACUAUAGAGGUGGGCUUAGUGACCAAUUUAGUGUCCUCUCCAAGUAGUCCUUGGCGAGCCUCUAUAGUGGCCACUAAAAAUUUUCCCAGUCAUCAUUUUAACAGCUCAAAAUGAAGAUUACAAGUCGCUCUAUCGAUAUUUUGAUUUUCAGCCCACACCUACGAUUAUCUGAAUGUCCUCCACGACAUCCACCAGGGCAACGACACUUGUAAACUGCAGUCGGUUUGCGUCCCGAUUCCCGUCAUCAACGAUGAUCCACAAGUUUUGAUAUAUCCCCGAUGCUAUGAGGUGAUAAUAAUAAUAUUUAUUCACAGGCAGAACGAAAUAAAAUGUACAUGAAUGAUUUUUAAAAGAAAAGAAAAAAAAUUUGACUAUAAAGCCUGAAAUGAAUAAAUAAAAAGGCGUACAUUGUAGGGGAAAAAGUAUUUAAAAAAAAUUGUUCUCGGAGUUUUGCUUGAAGCUUUAUAGCCCAUCCUUUAUAGUCCGUUGCGUCUUUACAUUUUUCGGGUGUCUGCGUCUCUCCUUCUCUCAGCGGCUAGGGCAGAGAACCGUGAAAAUAGCACGUCAUCAUGAGAGAGUCGCCGAGAGACGAGGAGGGCGCAGAGAAAAACAGCCGUUGCGAGAAACGGAAAUAUUACUAGAAAAUCAGUCAUGCGAGAAGAGGAACUAUGAACUUAUAACAAAGUCAGAGUGGUCCCUAGAGGGGCAGCUUUAGAGGCCCUUGAAAGUUCCCCUCUAGGGACCACCUUACUAGAGUUCACCAAACCGAUCGUUCGACCAAACGUUCAACCAAUAUUUUCAUGACAUGUUACCAAAAAUGUGAUUGAUUAACAUUUCUUGCUACCGAACGAUUAACAUGUCUCAUGAUUAUGAUCUCUCGUUUUUUCGACAUGUCAACAUUUCAUUUAAAUGAGAGAUCAUUUCGAAUCGAUCGUUCAGUUUUCGAUUGAUCGAAAUGUUGUAUUGAAAAUAUUGGUCGAAAAAAUGAUUGAUCGAAAUGUUGUAUUGAAAAUAUUGGUCGAAAAAAUGAUUGAUCGAAAUGUUGUUUUGAAAAAUAUUGGUCGAAAAAAAUGAUUGAUCGAAAUGUUGUUUUUGAAAAUAUUGGUCGAAAAAAAUGAUUGAUCGAAAAUUUUGUAUUUGAAAACUUUGUCAAAAAUGAUUGAUCGAAAUGAAUUUUUUUGUUAAAAAAAGUAUGUUUAAAAACUACUGUUUAAAAAAACCGCUUCUCUUUCAAAUGUUCAUCAUAAUUUCUUUUUUGAUUUUUCGUAACGAAAUAUCAUCAUCGUUUUUCUGUUUCUCCGUGUUCACUGGUACUAAAAGCAAAAAUUUCUACAAUGCUAUAUAGACUAUAACAAAUAAGUGGCCGAUUCUUUUCCGAACCAUGAUUUUCCGAACCAAAAUCCGAACCAAAGCUUAGGCGAACCAAUGAUUAGACGAACCACCUCAUGCUUACCGGAACCAAAAAGUUUUUUUAUGCUUCGCCGAACCAAAUGUCGGUAUUUUUAUGUAGAUGUUCAUGGUAAUCGGUUUGCGUUUCUCGCAUCCUAAGAGACCGAGAAUAUGAAGUCUAGCGCUCCAUCCUUUUCCGAAUCGUUAUAUAACUUUCCGACCUAACCUUUUUAUGCUUUUCGAGCCGUACUUCGAUUCAUUUUUCAGAAAGCACCUUUCUUGAGAUCUGCUCAUUUUUGAUCGGUUUUAUGUAACUUUUUUCGCCCAUAACCGGCUUUCAGCUUUACCCUUGACUAUUUAGAUACCUCUGUUCAGAUCAGAUUCUUUCAAAAAUUUGUUUGAUUCCAACCCAAGUUUGAAAUUGGAAGUAUCUGGUCUAUGACUUCUUUUAGGGUCGUCUGAGAGUAGAAAUGAAGUCGUCACAGAUACUGCCAAGUGUCCUAAUCUUGGCUUUAGUGUUUAUAUUUUUUUACCUAUUUUUUUUCAGUCAGCCAUUUAUUUCGUUGUUUAGUCACAUAUAUUAUCGACUGAGCUGGAUGCAAGAGCUUCUCAAACUUCAUCGAACUGGAAGUCCAAAUUUGUAGUCGAAGAAUAGGAUAGAAUUGUCUGACUGGUUCCUCGUUUCACGCGCGAAGCUCGUGCUUUAGGUGAAAUCUUUAAAAUGAAAGAUAUCACUUCUAGUGAAGAGUUUUAAAAGAAGAGCUGAUCUUUAGGCCUUCUCAAACCUUUUCUAAGAACAGAACUUACAGUUCAUUUUUUAAAAGUUUAAUCUCAGUUUUUUUUUUCUCUAGUUAGAACUUUUGAAAUUAUUGCCAAGUUUUUUUUUGUUUUCUGUAAAUUGUCAGAUGGCGAUUCGACUGUCCAUUUCUGAGCGUUUUUCGAGAUCGACGGUGACAGUCAUUUGAGAAUAGCUUCGCGAGAUUUUCCUAAUAAAAAAGCUUGACUAAAACUAGUUUUCAGUCGUUGCGUACAUAGAACUAUUCAGAAUGCAAAAAAAUCGGCUAACGGCUUUGAAUUUUGAAUUUUUUUUUUCAAUUUUCCACUUCGAAAUUCAUUCAGAGUUCAGGGUGUUUCGCGAAACAAGAUUUGCAGACGGUCACGCGGAAGAAGAGUCUCAAGCAGAAUUCAGGCAUUUGA